UCCAAAGGUCACCAAGGUCACGAAGCUCGCGACUUCACCCAGAUGGCGAGCGAGGGUCGGGUGAGUAGAGGUGUUUUCUUCGUCCCCCCGUUGUACCGUCGGCCAGCGCAUCAAUUUCCACGACUGCGACCCACGUCCGCCCCACGGCCAAUGGUAGGCGCACUGCGAAUUAACCCGUCGCAUUGUCCGCCGGCGUCGAAAAUGCGCCGGACGCGCGCUCGCUAUUCAACAUGUCGUCCCCUCCAUUACAGAGUCCUCUUCGCUCCGUUGUCCCCAUUCAUCAGAUCUCAUUCACGGGCUGCCUGCCAAGCCCCUCCAGCCACCUGACACAGGCUCCGUGUCACUUCACGCCCACCUUGUUUGAGCGCCGUCCCCGCCGACCAGCAGCAGCAGCAGGAACCUCACCGGCUCGCUGCUGGGCCGCAUAUUCUCCACCCCAGAAGCCUGUGCCGUUCCUAAGCCUGUCGUUGAUGCGCCGAACGGAUCGCUCUGCUUCCGAGAACGACGUCGUUUCGUACGUCUCAACACCCGCAGCUGGCAAGCAGAAAGAAAAAAGGCGGUCUGUUUCUGCCUGUCAGCAUCAUCUGUGUCGAGACGGCAACAGCUUCUGCGAGCAUCCAACUGUAGACAGCUUCUUGUAUUACCGCUGCUGUUGUGCGGGCCGAACAUCGACUUUGAUUCUGUGCCGCUGAAGAUCUUCGGAACAAAGAACCAUGAAGGUAGGAGAGCCAGUUCACAGAUCACCCCGAGCGCCUAGUACCUCGUUUUCGAGGUUAGCGCCCGCUCGUUCACGGACUCUGGAUGAGCUUGUUUGGUCGUCAAAACACACUGUCAAACGUCUCGCUUCGCCCAAGCCUG